AUGGAGUCCAUAACUGCCUAUCGGAGCGCGGUCACAAAAGGUCAAAAGGGAAUCAUCGCCGCUAAUGCUCGCAACAACAAAGCAACAGGACCGCUCACCGUUAGAGUACACACCGCUGUUCGAAACCGCGAUCUGGCCAGAGCCAUAAGCGCACAAGGUGUGCUCACACUGAGCGGUCUGUCAUUAGCAACAUGGCGCUUCGCGCAGCAACGAAGCUCGGACGAGGGUGUUGACAUGUGGCUCCAAGGCAUUUCAGAACAAGGAAAGACACUGGCAACUCUGGCCUUCGUGGACAGGAUCCUGACAUGUGGCCCGUCUGUAACGACCUCGGCAUCGACCUCGACCGGAAACGCUUCAGCAAGCCCGGCACCGAAUCUGAAUGGAGGCACGAUUCAGCUGAAGCCACGCCUGCUGCGCAUCAGCCACUCCCGAGACAUAGCCCAAGCGAACCAUGACCUGCUCGUCAAGUACACCGAAGGUACAGGCAUCGCGCCCGAGCUCAUUCUGGGUGGUCGCUGCAAGGUCAAGACUCGGUUUAGGUCCGUCCACCCUGAAUGCCCGGUUGUCUCCGUGACUCCGGGCAUGCUGAAGAGCAUGGUCGACAACGAGCAGAUGACAUUCGACAACCUCAAGUACCUAGUGUUUGAUGAGCCUCAGAUUCUUCUCCGCGACGACACGGUCAAGCACAUCUUCUUCAACAACGACAAAUACGACUUGGCCAAGCGUGGCAAGGAAGUUUCACGUCUCUUCUUGACCAGCAUCCCGCCGUUGCCUUGCACAAGUGACAGCAUUUCUCACAUUGUCCCCUUCACGCGGAAAUACCACACCGGCAAGAAUCCGUUCUACACGUGGUUGGGGGUAGAAGUUCCUCCUCCGGAGUAG